AUGGGGAUCGGCAGGCAGAUGUACCCUCUUCUCGUCUCGUCCUUGCUUCUGUUGGCGCCCGUCUUCGCCGACACAAAGGUGAGCUCCUCUUCUUCUUCUUCUUCUUCUUCUUCUUCUUCUUCUUCUUCUUCUUCUGCUUCUCCUUCUUCUUCUUCUUCGUCCUUUUCUUCAUGCGACAAAGCUCUGUAAUGCCCUUGCUACAGUCCUACGUGGUGUACCUUGGGGGACACUCGCAUGGCCCUGACGGGACUCUGACAGAUUUCAAGAUAGCCACAGACAACCACUACAAUCUCCUCGGCUCCUUCUUGGGAAGGUGAGAAACGCUGAUCUCUUCUCUUCAUCCUCUCUCCGACUGAUCUCUCCUUCUCAACACAACUUCCAUCUCCCUCUACAGCCAGGAGAAGGCGUCGGAGUCUCUGAUUUACUCCUACACCAAGAGCAUCAAUGGCUUCGCCGCCAACCUCAACGAAGAGGAGGCCGAGGAAAUCGCCAGUGAGAGAAAACCCUCUUUACCCUUUUAUACCAAUGACUAGCAUUCUCUCUCUCUCUCUCUACCUCUCUGAUGAAUGUGGGCUGUGUUCAGAGAGGCCGGACGUGCUCUCGGUGUUUCCGAACAGGCUGAGGAAGCUGCACACGACGAAAUCAUGGGAGUUUAUGGGGCUGGAGAAGGAUGGCGCAGUCGGUCCGUACUCGAUCUGGGCUAGAGCAAAGUACGGCCAGGAUGUGAUCAUCGCGAACAUUGACACUGGUUGACUUUCCAACUCCUAAUCUCAUUAUUUUUCGUCUUCUUCUCCCUUUGAACAUCUCUCUCUCUCUCUCUCUCUCCCUCCGCUUCUCUGGAAGUUGACACGGGCGCGCUGACUUUAGAAUGGGGUCCACAAUAUCCAUCUAUAGCAUAGGACUUCUCUGACUUACUCUCAUAAGGACUAUAAGAGGGAAUAAACACAUGAGGAAAUUAGUAAAUUAUUUAUGAUCUAGAAAAUAUGAUCAUUUUAACUUUAUCAACCACAUGGGUUAGUGCGUGAAUUUUCGAAUAUAUGCAUUAAUACAGUUAUUUCAUGAUAUACUUAUUUUGACAUAUUUUAUCGUGCAUGAAUAUUAGCAUCUUAUUUAUUAAAAGUCAUAAUACUAUUGAAGUUUUUAAUUCCAACAAAAAAUAUCAACCUUAUGACAUCAAGAUUUAAUAACUUCAUAACCCAUUAAACAAUCAUUGUAAAAAAGACAACCAAAUAAAAUAAUUACCAUUUGAUGAUAUGAGGAUCGGUAGAUCAAGGAUAUGAAGAUAAAUAAAACAAAAAAAAUUAAAUCUCAACAAUUUUUUUUAAUAACAUCAAUAAUGUUUAAGGUAAUGAUUCUGCUCAUCUAUUUUCCUCUUUUGGUAAGAAGAAUAGUUAAAAUUAUUUUGGUGAAUUCUAUUUAAGGCAUCAGAUUUGUAGAAUAUCUGCGGAAAAUGUGUCAUUCAUAAAGAUUUACUACAAUUAUUGCAGGUGUUUGGCCGGAGUCAGAGAGCUUUAAUGAUGAGGACAUGCAACCAAUCCCUCCAAGAUGGAAGGGGUUUUGUGAGAAUGUGGCUGACCCAAAGCACAUGGUCAAGUGUAACAGGUCAAUACUUGCUAUAUUUAGCAAUCUCUCUCUCUCUCUCUCUCUCUCUCUCUCCUUUGUCUAAAUGGCAUUCUCAAAGUGGUUUAAGCUCAAUGAAGGGCUUUCCUAUGAAGUCAAAGCGUCUCUGAUAUUCUCAUAGAUAACAAGCUUGAGCUUGGGAUGGGUCAACGGGUCUUUAAACAACAAUAUGACCCUGAAUAUGUAGGUUUAGUAGAAAAAUAGAUAAACCCAUAUCGAAUUCCAUCGUCUAUUUAUGAUUUUUUAUUUUUUAAAUAAAAAAUAAAAAAUAGACAACCAAUCGAGGAGAGAGAAUUCGAAUUAAAAUAACAGAUAAAUAAACAAAAAAAUAACAUAAAUAUUAAUUAUUUGAAUACGGCGGUGGGGGGUGGUGGUGUUGUUGCAGGAAGCUGAUCGGAGCGAGGCACUUCUGCAAUGGCCGGCCGGUGGACGACCGCUACGACUCUGCGAGGGACUUCGACGGCCAUGGCACCCACACCCUCUCUACCGCCGGCGGCCGCCUCGUGCCCGGCGCAAACAUCUUCGGCAUCGCCAAUGGCACCGCCAAGGGGGGGUCUCCAGGAGCUCGUGUGGCGGCGUACAAGGUCUGCUCAGAUCUGGGGUGCUACGACGCGGACGUCCUCGCCGCGUUCGAUGCCGCCAUCCACGACGGCGUGGACGUGAUCUCGGCCUCCCUGGGGGGGAGCGAAUACGAUUACUUCUCCAAUUCCAUCGCGAUCGGGUCCUUCCACGCCAUGCAGAGGGGGAUCCCCGUGGUGUGCUCCGCCGGGAACGACGGGCCGAUGACGUACACGGCGAGCAAUACCGCGCCUUGGAUCCUUACCGUGGCGGCGGGAUCGGACGGGCGCGUGUUCACCUCACGCGUCUCCCUCGGCAACGGGCGCCACGCUGAGGUUCGGGGCCGAAAGAUCUAAUCCCUUUCGGUUUAUCAUUUUUCUCUUGUGUGAUCCGUGUGAUGAUCCUUGAUUUUUUUUUUAUCUGAGUUUCUCCUUUACUCCUCUUUCUGUCUUCGUCAUAUGGUCCUUUGUUCUGGUUUCAGGGAUGGAGCAUUGCCUCAGAACGCCUUCCUCCGAAGAAACUGUAUCCGAUGGUUGACUCGGUGAUGGCUAAAGUUGCUAACGCAACCAAAGAGCAAGCGUAAGGACUUGUGUCAGUAUGUUUUAGUGUCCCACAAGUGAUUUUGCUUAGAGCUCUUUCUGAGAAUCACCAUGCAAUUAUAUAUAUAGUUUAUUCGGGAAAUCAGAAAAUUCCUCACUGAAAAUUCGAACAUUGCUCACCCCCUUGAACGAAGUUCCCCUCCCAUUCGAUCACUUUGCCCCCGGUUUUUCCCUUCUCUACCUGAUUCUUUGGCUUAUUGUUACGGGGUGGUCAUGAGGGAUGUCACACUUAUUUUUAGACAUCAGAGGCUUAAUUUUAUGUUUGUCUGAGACAUUUAUAUCUUCGCCAAAUGUUUUAUCUAAUGGUACUCUAUUGAGUUUAAACUGUGCUAUUUAUCUCAAUAUAUUUUGAAUUUUCAGUCAGUAUUGCGAAAUCGGAUCUCUUGACCCGGAUCUGGUGAAGGGAAAGAUUGUUGUUUGUCUUCGCGGUGACACUGGCAGAAUGGAAAAAGCGGACGUAGUUUCUAAGGCUGGUGGAAUUGGAAUGAUUGUUGCAAACGAUGCCAACUUUGGGAAUGAACUUCAAGCAGAUGCCUAUAUGUUUCCUGCUGUGCAUGUCAAUUAUGCUGCUGCUACUGUUAUUUAUUCAUACCUCAACUCGACCAAGUAAGAUUCUUGCUUUUUCUUGAACACGACUUCUUCUUUGAACGUGGAUAUGACAUCAUACUCAUUGUUUUCAUUGAAUAUCAAAACCAAAUGAGUGAUAGGUACUUUUAGCAUGGACGUUGAUAUUAUUUUCUUCUUGGAUUUCAAGUUAUGUAAAAUUUCCUCUGAUGUUUAUUAAUAUCGAGACUGAUGAAACUUUACAUAAUCUUUCGUCUAAAUUAUAACAUCUCUGAGCCUUACCGUACUUCCGUUUUUCUUUCGCAGAUUCUUUAACAGUGCCAUUCUCUCAUUAUUUUCGUUGUCAUUUUUAACAGCUAUAUCCUUCCCAAGAGCCUUCAUUAUUAUUACUAGUGUCUGCUUUGCUUAGCGAAUAUCUGAGGGAGAAAUACUGUCGACACUAUUUUCGGGGAGGGACAAUCUGAUUGCGGAAUGACCACUUUAAGGGUGGGGGGCGGCGAAUAUGAGGGAUAUGGAAUGGACAGAUUAAAAUAGUCUAGGAGGUGAGAUAAAGAAUAAUACGAAAAGUAGACAAUAACAUGAAUUGGGGUCCUUGAGACCAUGUUGUCAUCUGAUGGGUACUCCAGAUGGAUCAGAAUUGAUUGGUUAGGAAUAAGUGAGUUAGUUCUCCCAGGCACUUUAACUGUUCAAAAGAGUGAAAAUAUGUGACAAUUUUUUGCAGGAAGUGGUACACUUAUCUGUCAAAUGAAGAAGCAGGAGAUAAGAACAGAUAUAUGGUGAUGAGAUAGGUUUCAUUAGUGUUAACAUUUCUCAAGGAAAAUUUUAACUUGUGAAACAGUCGUUAAUGAUCAAAUGGUCAUUCUUUUAGCUGGAACCUAUCUGAUCGCUUAGGGUAAUAAAACAUGUGUUCUUAACCUCUUCAGAAAGACUAUGCGGGCCAUAUCAAGUGGAGAUUUACGAAAUCGGACCUCUCAAACACAUCUCAAACCAUGUCAAUUCGACUGAAGGUUUCCGAAAUGUAUAUCUAAAAAACGUCUUUUCUGCAAUAGGAUCACAGGCACUGUUGAGAAAAACAUGAAAGUAUGAAAGAUAGCGUCUCACUAUUAUAGUAAGCUACACCUUGCUUGACAUUGUCGCCAUAGCAACUUAUGGAUAUGUACCUGGAUGAAAAAAGGUACUACAGUUUUAGAGUUAUCACAGUACAAUCCGUCUUUUUCUGUUUUAUUGUUUUAUACCGAGUAGUGUAGGGUUCUGUCACCUCUCUAUCUCUCAGAUGGUUAAUCAUGUUGAGAAGCUGGGUAGGGCUAUCGUCCAUCAAGGUUUUCUUCUCGUUUAUCUUAUUUGUGAUGUGGUAGUUCCUAAGAAACCAGGAUGGUUUAGUUAACACUAUAGAUUUCACAUGAUUUGCUCUGUGGAUCCAUUUUGGUUGUUGCUUUAGACUCCUAUUUUCCAAAACAUUCUUCAAUAAACAUCUUUAGAAAAAGGUCCUCUCAGAUCGGAUUCUUCUUGUUCCUUCUCUGAGUGCUCUCAGCCGCAUAGAUAUGGCUAUCAUAAAAUGCACCGCAUUUAUGUUUGGGCAUGUCAUUCAGGAAAUCCUUCAAAUUGGAAAGUUUUAGUGCCAAUUAAAUUCAAAUCUGUGAAGACGCAUGGAGAAACACAAGUCAACCAAUCGAUCAGUUGACUGCCUGAACCCCUUGAUACUUUGGUUUCUUGAUGUGAUGGGUGAGGCUUACACUUCAGCUCAACAUUAUUCAUUUUCGCUGUCAACCACUUUGUCUUGUUUCCCAUUCUGGUUCCUCAACCUGUGUACUGCUAUACAUUUUCCAUUUUGGUCGCCCAGAUGUAUUGCCGAUGUUAUCUUAGAUAACAACACACUUUUGACAAGAUAUGUAGAGAGCAUUAAACAUGAUUUACGUCUUCAUUAAUGAAUUCACUGAUGAAAAGUUCCUUGGGAUUGGAGAGAUUAUAUGAUUAAGUUUUUUUCACUAAUAUUUGUAUCCGCCAUUUCUAUUUUACUGCAACAAUUUAUUCACAGUUCCCGAAAAGAAGGGUCUUGAUUUCUUAUGAUAAAAUAAUACAGAUUAAUGCCAAAAGUUCUUCCCAUCGAGAGUCACUGACCAGGUUUUUAAUUGUAAUAUAAUGACAUCCAUUAUAAUCAUCAUCCAUUGGUUCCUCUAGCUCUUUCUUUGUCGUAAAUCUAAAUUUCUUGUUCUUUAUUUGGCUAGGAGAUGGGCUUAUGACUCUGGCUAACCUAGCUGAGCUGCUUACGAAAUGGGCUAAUGGCUAGGCUCAAAAUUUCAAUUUUCCCACUGAACAUAAAAAAACUAUGAAAAGUUAGGCUCUUGCAGACGGAAUCCUUCCUUGUCUGUAUUCCACCGAAGAAUGGUAUUAAUCUGCCUUAUGUGACAGGUCACCGGUCGGACGGAUUGAUGCUCCACAAGCACGAUUUGGCUUGAAACCAGCGCCAUAUGUGGCCUUGUUUUCUUCAAGGGGCCCAAGUUAUCUCACUCCACAGAUCCUCAAGGUCUCAAUUCCCCACAACUUCCUCCUCCACUUGAAGCGGCAUGAGCUUCCCUGACUUCCAUUUCUGACAUGGUGGGUUGAAUGUGUUGCAGCCUGAUAUUCUCGCGCCAGGUGUGAACAUUCUUGCCGCUUUUUCCCAAGGAACGGCCCCAACGGAUGAGCCAUGGGAUAAACGGAGGGUGGCCUUCAAUAUUCUUUCGGGCACCUCAAUGUCCUGCCCUCAUGUUUCUGGCGUGGUUGGUCUUCUCAGAUCCCUCUAUCCUCACUGGACUCCUGCAGCACUGAGAUCGGCCAUCAUGACCACUGGUAAGCGUCAAUUUUUUUGUUUUGUUUUUCAUAAACGUCGUCAUUUAGAUGAUAUUAGCCGUGAAUGGAAAGCUUUGAUUGCCAAUAUUUAUGACAACUGCUUGAUACUAAUAACGAAUAAAACGCUCAUAGUGAGCUUUUCAACCUAGUUUGAUUUUAUUUUAUUUCCUGCCAAGUAUCAUCAGACAAUGAAAUAUUUAUGAGACAAGACAUUAUGAGACAUAAAAUGGUCAUAAAUUAUGAGACAUUAUGAGACAAAAAUGGAACUGUUGAACCUCAUUUGAAUUUUUUUUUUUCUACCAAAUAUCACCAGACAUGAAAUUCUUGUGACCUACAAUGGUAAUCAGAAUGUGUGAUAUUAAUAGUGUGAAUCAAGCCCUCUUUAUCACACAAGUUCAUAUGUUGAGACAAAAAUGGAACUUUUGAAACCUGAUUGGAUUCAUAAACUCGAUCAUCUAGAUAAAUGCGGGGUCUCAUGGGUCAAUUUUCUCCCCUAGAUAAAAAAAAAAAAAAAAGAAAAAAAAAAAGAGGAAAGAUUCAUCACCAAACCAACUCUAGCCGUCCCAUCAUGUUGUGAUCCACUCUAAGACGAAAUCUCUACAUGCUGAUGAACAUCCUCAGAUUAUUCUCAUUGGAAAAUCUCCUCUGGCAGCUAGAAACCGAGACAACACAAAACAGGGCAUCAGGGAUUCCUUCAUGGGAAGAGCGAGCCCUCUGGACUACGGAGCCGGCCACAUGCGACCCAACCGAGCCGUCCACCCGGGCCUGGUCUACGACCUCACCACCGUUGACUACCUCAACUUCCUCUGCUCCCUGGGCUACAACGCCACACAGAUGGGCCCCUUCACCAGUGGCUUUGCAUGCCCAAAGAAGAGCAUCCGGAUUCAGGACCUGAAUUACCCCUCGUUGACCUGGUUCAACCUCACUGGGCCAGUAGCCAUCGGCAGGACCUUGAAGAACGUUGGCGAGCCGGGCACCUAUAAGGCGCUGGUUCGUGCCCCGGCUGGGGUGGCCGUUGUGGUGGAGCCGGAGAUUCUUGACUUUGAGAAGGUUGGGGAGGAGAAGACUUUUAGGGUGACGGCAGCGCCGCGCAGCAAUGGGACUUCCCUCAGCCGCAAUGCUUUUGGGCUGUUGACUUGGUCGGAUGGGAAGCACUACGUGAGGAGCCCGCUGUCGGUGAUUCAACAGCCCUCUGAAUUUUCUUCUUUUGGCAAGGAGGUGUUGGUGGGAGUUUAG